AUGGAUGAAUCUGAAAUAAAAUUAUGUAGCUUAUAUAGUGUUAUAGAUCAGGAUCAAAACAGGUCAACUAAAAUUUCAUUCAAUCAUCUACUUGCAUGUGAAGGGUCUAAAAAACAUCAAACAUACUUUGAUACCGAGCAUAAAUAUUAUGCUGAAAUAUUUGAAGAGACCAAAUGGUUUUCUACCCAAACUAUGCCUCCCUCUAUAGGUACCUUGUGGUUUUUCGAAUUCGUAUCAGGUCUUAUUAAGGGCACAGUAAUUGGAAGAAUUAUAUUCGAAAAGAUUUUUGAAAAUGAAACGUCUGAGAUAAAACUUACAGAUCAGUAUAAAAUUUUCAAAGACCAAGUAGCUGUUUGUAGAUAUCAAACAUCUGAAAGAGCCUAG